UGAUGCCGUGUAAUUUUGGUAUAAAAGAAGUCCACACCUUUUCAUCAAGUAUCAUUCACAUUCAUCAAGCCGUUCUUUAAAGACAUAGCUUUCCUUUCCAGUAAAAAACAGCGAAUUAUUCUAAACAUGCAAGGACUCACGAUUGCCGUAGUUUUGGCCUUGGUUGGCGUGGCUGUCGCCGGUAUUCCAGAUUACCACGGACAUGACCACUACGCCCACCCCAAAUACAAGUACAGUUAUGGUGUUAACGAUAAGCACACUGGCGACUACAAGACCGCUCAUGAAUACCGAGACGGUCACGUGACGAAGGGAAGCUACUCCGUCCUCCAACCUGACGGCAUUCUCCGAACUGUGAACUACGUCGUUGACCCAAAGGGAGGAUUCCAGGCUGAGGUUAUCAACAAGGGAGGUCACGCCCACCACGCUCCCGUCUACGCCAAGAAAGCUUAUGACGCCGGACACGGAUACGCUCUCGGACAUGGACAAGGAUACGCCGUGUCGAGCCUUGGAGGAGCCGGAGGAGCCGGGUUCGACGGUGGUUUCGAUGGUGGGGCUGGAUUCGGGGGUGCCUUCUAAGCCAUUUGCCAUCCAAUCUUUACCUAAAUGCUGAUAUUUUUGCCAUCUAGUCUGAUAACCAAUCUGCGCUCUUGUCUCGAAUCUUGACACUUUUUCUUGUCCUUAUCUUUCCUACUUCUUCCGCUAAUACUUCCGGUUCGUUAACUAACCUUGACUAACUAACUAUUGUUUCAUUUCCUUGUUUCUGAGUGGAAUCAAACCCACUUCUGUGUUCUGUUUGCUUGUUAUCUUCUAUUCUGCCUUCAACUAAUCUUACUUUCCAGACUUGUUCGUCCCAGAGUUUAUUUUUUUAUACGCAAAGAACAAAAUGUUACAAUUUUUUAUAAAUCAAAAGCUUCCAAUGCCAAACUUAUUGAUUUGAAAUAAACGUGUACUCCACAACUGCUCAAUUUACAAAAUGAAA